UUUGCCUGGGACAAGAUACAACGAUCACACAUCAAACCAGAUCGGUAAACGUAACGCCCGUUCAAUGCCGCCACGUCACAUCUUCAAGACGGGCCGUUAGGAGGGCUGAUUUACUGCGAUCAGCGCUAAGUAAAUCUGGCUCAUCUAUUUUUGAUGAAGCAACGCAUUCUAUGCUAACGUACCAUCUCGUGGAAUCUGUGGCUAGUUGGUUUUUGUGUGUGUGUUCUUCAACAUUCACAAAUUCCAUUCAACUUCAGAAAAAAGCCAGUAGGCCUACACAUAUUAUCGACUCAUAGUGUUAUUCUUUCUCUGACUGAUCCGUGUAUUGUGUAUACUUGUGGAGUGAAAUUAUUGAUAAAAUGAAUCUCGGGGUUUCAGUUUAGCCUUUCAGUUUGUUGCAACUCUUCUUUUAAAGCGUGUUGUGGCUUUGUUCGAGUACAGACGUGAUGAAGCUACUGGGUUUGACUCUGAAGAAAGGAAUGCUAUUCUGAAGUGACCUCGUUUCAUCACGAUGUCUGUCACGUAAGACGUGCAUUCGGCAGACUGAUCAACGCUGCAGACGUCGGGAGUCAGGCACGUGCAGUUCGACAACACGUGCGUUACGUCAUGACCACAACUGAGGAUGACGGGAUCGAAAUUUUGUCCUGUCAUACUGAAAAUGACAAUGACGUCACGGAGCAGGCGACAACUGUGAGUGUGUCUGCAGAAAGCGCGAAAUUGACAGAUGACCCAGCCAGCAAGCAACGGAAACGUGUUGCACGUGCAGUGGCUAUAGUGUCAUUCACACUGCUGCUGUUCAGUGUUGUUCUUAUAGGAGUUUCACUCAAUAUGUCAAAGAACAUCGAUGACUUAGAUGAAGAUAUCGGGACGUCGUUCUACCCUGAGACCAAUUCUCAAGCCGGUAACCAUAACAACCCAGUUCGACAGUCCAACGAAAUCUUACGAAAACACCACGCCAACAAGAACAUCAAAGCCGACCAUAAUGUCACAGGGAACCACUUACCAAGCUGACAGAAUCCUGACAUUUGUACACGUCGUGACGUCAUAUGUGACGUAAACGUAGUUUUCAACGAACGUCUGACCAAUGUUACUUGUGGCAUUAGGCAUACAAAAUAUAUUAAGAAAUAUAUCAGAAGCAAUUUGCAAUUUAUUUUUCAGUGAUAAUGAAGGAACUGACAAAGUGAGUCAAUAGGCCUAUCAACGAAUAUAUUAUUUAUGUUUACAGUGUAGAUACAAUAACCCCUUUAGCCUUUCCUCGAUAAUUUUUGUGAAUAAUUUCCAUUUUUAUUAACUCAUUCACAAAAAUAAUUGAAUCUGUAAGCAAUAAAACAAGAACAGAAAGUA